GGCGAUCCGGUGUUGUCGGUCGGGCAGCGCGCUUUCCAGCCAUCCUUCCUUUCGCUCACCGGCGUCUGCCGCGUUCGGUUCGCUCCGAGAAGAAAAACGCUUUCCCGCGCCAGCCACCAAAAGAAAGUCCAGCAGUGCUUUUUUCUUCCUUUUUCACCAACACCGGAUUUAACGAGACUGGACGAACCCGUUCUCGGACUUUGGAAUUAAAAUCUGUUCCCACCGAAAAGCAGAAGGAAGAGGAGUCGCGCGUGAGCGACCACCGUACAAUCAGCUGUUCUCUCCGCCGAGUAAAAAAAUUAUAACAAUUUCUUCAGGAAAAAAUAGUGCAAUUUGGAAUUUGUUUUUGAACGGUUUUCAAAAGGAUGGCGCCCACACCGGCGGAAAGAAGGCCGUGGGUAAUGGAUACCGCACCAGGGGACGACGAGGCCCCCAAGGACCCAGGGGCCCUUCAAACCCACCAUUUGGGAUACACGGAAAAGGAUUUUGAGGGUCACCGAGCGCACACAGUCUACGUGGGGGUGCACCUGCCCGGUCAAGGUUACCGUCGCCGCUCGCACCACCGAAAACACAAGCACCACCACAAGUCCAGCAAGGACAGCGCCGACGAGGAUGACAGGCCUGUCACUCCUCCAGCACAGCGCGUGCAAUUCAUCCUGGGCGAGGACGGCGAGGAUGGCGCCGGUCACGAAACGCACCCUCUCUUCUCGGAGAUGGGUGAGCUGGUCCGCGACGGCGACGAAUUUGAGUGGAAGGAGACUGCUCGUUGGAUCAAGUUCGAGGAGGACGUGGAAGAGGGUGGCAACCGGUGGUCGAAACCACACGUGGCCACCCUGUCGCUUCACUCGUUAUUCGAGCUGAGGGCGAUGCUUUCCAGCGGCACCGUCAUGCUUGACAUGGAGGCGAGCAACCUGGAGCAGGUGGCCGACCUUUGCAUGGAUGCCAUGGCCUCUGGUGGACACCUCUUGGAGGAUCAGAAAGAGAAGGUAAAAGACGCCCUACUGCGCAAACACCGACAUCAGCACCAGAGGCGCAAGGAAGCAAGUUCCUCCAACAUGGCCCGCCUGCCAAUCAUCCGAUCGCUGGCGGAAAUCGGUCGCAAUCAUUCCUCCUCCAAAAUGGACCGGCGGCGCAGCAGCACAACCAGCGCGCAGGACGCGUUUGUCAUCGACGACGGCACAGUGGUGCCCGUGACGCCCAUGUCCAUGCUGGUGCAGCAGUCCAUGAUGGCGAUGGCCGCGCCCCAGGUGCACAGCGUGGACGGCGACCUCGUCCUGCAGCCGCCCAAGAUUGUUCACCAGUACAGCAGACACCUGUCGCUGCCCGCCGGUGCCGGCGCUGCCAGUGUGCCUCAAGAGGGCAUGGAGCACAGCCCCUCGUCCAGCUCCAUCCCGCGAAAUUACAGUGCCAACGGACUCACCGAGAGCUCCACCAACGGCGAUCUGACGCAGCACAAGACAAACAUAAAUUUCAUGCGCAAAAUCCCCCAAGGCGCUGAAGCCUCGAACGUGCUGGUUGGCGAGGUGGACUUCUUGGAAAAACCCCUUUCCGCCUUCAUCCGUCUGUCGCAGGCCACCUUCAUGGGCGACCUCACCGAAGUCCCCGUCCCCACCAGGUUCAUUUUCAUCCUUCUAGGUCCUGUGGGUGGCAGCGCCCGUUUCCACGAGGUGGGUCGUUCAAUGGCAACCCUGAUGUCGGACGAGAUUUUCCACGACGUGGCGUACAAGGCUCGCAAACGCGAGCACCUGGUGACCGCGCUGGACGAGUUCCUGGACGCCGUCACCGUCCUGCCCCCGGGCGAGUGGGACCCCACGAUUCGCAUUGAGCCGCCGGCGGCCAUCCCGCAGAGCACCCGUCGAAACCCCCCUGGCGGCGGCGGCAACCCUGGCGAGGGCGAGUCCAUCGAGGAGGAGGAGGACGAGCAGAAGCAGCGCGAGGAAGCGGGGCUGUCGCGCACCGGCCGCAUCUGGGGCGGCCUCAUGAACGACAUCAAACGAAAAGCGCCCUGGUACUGGUCCGACUUUAAGGACGCUGUAGCAGUUCAAUGUAUCGCCUCGUGGGUUUUCUUGUAUUUCGCGUGUCUCUCGCCCAUCAUCACCUUCGGCGGUUUGCUCGGACAGGCCACGGGCAACAACAUGGCAGCUAUGGAGUCCCUGGUGUCUGGCUUUGUGUGCGGCCUUGGUUACGGAUUUUUCUCCGGACAGCCACUCACCAUUCUCGGUUCGACGGGUCCUGUUUUAGUAUUUGAAACCAUCAUGUACGAUUUUUGCCAAUCCGUUGGUUGGGACUACAUGUGCUUCCGAUUUUGGACCGGUAUAUGGGUUGGUGUGAUCCUCAUUAUCCUGGUGGCCAUCGACGCGAGCGCCUUGGUCUGCUACAUCACCAGGUUUACGGAGGAGAACUUUGCUUGUCUGAUCGCAUUUAUUUUCAUCUAUAAGGCUAUUGAAAACGUUCUGAAGAUUGGCGACGAGUUUCCUGUAAAUCCAACGUCAGACAUAGGCGCCUACCUGCUGCCCAACAACUGUUCUUGCGUCCCAGGAAACUCGACGGUCAUGACAGAUUGGAGCGCAGCCAACUGGAGCUCUUUGGACAAAUCAGAGUGUCUUUUGAAGAACGGCACCCUCGAAGGCCCUGGUUGUUUUGCCACCGAGUAUGUGCCGGACGUGUUCCUCAUGUCCGUCAUUCUCUUCCUGGGUACCUUCCUUCUUUCUGUCAUCUUGAAGGACUUCAAGAACGCCCUCUUCUUCCCUUCAGCCGUUCGGCAAUUUAUCAGCGAUUUCGGCGUCUUCAUUGCCAUCUUCUCGAUGACAUUCUUGGACGGCUACAUGAAAAUCGCCACCCCCAAACUGAUGGUCCCAUCGGAGUUCAAACCAACUCUGCCCAACAGAGGGUGGCUAAUUGCUCCCUUCCUCAACCCUUUCUACACUAUCUUCCUGGCUAUUUUGCCAGCUUUGUUGGCCACCAUAUUAAUUUUCAUGGAUCAGCAAAUUACCGCUGUCAUCGUCAAUAGGAAGGAAAAUAAGCUGAAGAAAGGAGGUGGUUACCAUCUGGAUCUGUUCAUCCUUGCCGUUUUGAUCAUGAUUUGCUCUGUGAUGGGUCUCCCUUGGUUUGUGGCCGCCACAGUGCUGUCAAUCAACCACGUCAAUUCCCUCAAACUGGAAUCUGAAUGCGCUGCACCAGGAGAAAAACCGCAGUUCCUUGGAGUCAGGGAGCAACGUGUGACCCACAUCUUGAUUUUUGCAACCAUCGGUCUUUCGGUGGCGCUGACACCGAUGCUGCAAAUCAUCCCCAUGCCCGUUUUGUACGGCGUCUUCCUCUACAUGGGCUCGGCUUCGCUGAAGGGUCUACAGUUCUUUGACCGCAUCCUCAUCAUGUUCAUGCCUCUCAAGUACCAGCCCGACUACAUGUUCCUGCGGCAGGUGCCCCUCAAGCGAGUGCACUUGUUCACCGCCAUCCAACUCACCUGUCUCAUCGCCCUCUGGGUCAUCAAGUCCUUCAAGAAGACCUCAAUUUUGUUCCCUCUUAUGUUGGUUGUGAUGAUCUUUAUCAGGAAGUUGCUCGACUUUGUCUUCACGCAGCGUGAGCUGAAAAUCCUGGAUGAUGUGAUGCCAGAGACGCACAGGCGAUCUGCUGCUGAGAAGAAUAAUGAUGAUGACGAAGAUACAGAGUCAGGCGAUGUGGGAGGUGGAAAGCAGCUACCAAUCGGCCCUUCAGGCAAUCUGCAGAUCCCAUUGGCAAACGGCAACAUUAUGAAAAUCCCCCUCACGUCCAUCAACAUUUCCGAAGAGGUGAACAAGAGUGGCGUUUGGAAACAAGUCAAUGAAGACAAUGGAAUCGUUGUUGCUAAAGAAGAGAAGAAAAAGAGCACGUCGCCCACCAAAAGCAGCAGUAAACCUCGCAAGCGGGGCAGCAAAAAGGAUGCUUUGAGUGAGGACGAGCGCCACCGUCUGUCCACAAUGACAGAAGAGCAGGAGGAGGACGACGGAGGCAUCACCAUCAAGAAAACCCCCAAGCACGAGGCGGUCAGCGGCGAAAAGAAUACGAACAACACAAAGGCUGUCGCUCCGCAAGCUUCAAUGGAGGACGACGACGAGGAGGAGGAGGAAGAGGAAGACCCUUCCAGCGUAACCCCGUCCACGCCAAUGUUGCAGAAACCCUCAAAGCAGCAGCAGGAAGGUACUCAGGAGCAAAGCAAUGGCCUUCAGCAGCAGUCGUAACGGUGCCUCAUCACUAGUCACCCAAAUACCUUCCACCACACCACUCAAAUCAUUCCUAGCCCUAGAUCGACACUUCAAGAAAUUCGCGCAUAAGUGACCCCAACCAGGCAGUGAACGGGAAGAGCAAAAACGGUGCCGAGACGUCCGUCUAGAGUUCCAGCGCCGAAAUCAAAACUUCUAGAAGAAAGCAUUUCAGCCAAAGUCUGCAAACCUUGAUUUUUGACUCUGUUAUAGGUGCAGAAAAAUCUUAUUCAGUUUUCACAUCUCUUUCGUCUCUGCCGCUUUUCGAUAUUAUUUUUACAAACGACUUCCAUGUGCAAAAUUCUGUUUAAAAACUGAGACUUUUAUAAAAUUUGACCGGAUUUCGGAAUCAAUGAGGGGAGCGCCUGUUGUAAUUAUUUUGAGGUGUAAAUUUUUUAUCUUUUUGUUAAUUAACUGAACCGUUGAUGUGCUCACUGUGCUCCGUAGAAGAUAUAGUUUUAAAUCGUAAAAGACAUUAUUCAUACUAAUUAAUUACUCAUACAACUUGCGCAGAGUCAAUUUUAGAGCGGGAUUCAUUGAAAGGCAGUUUUUUUUUCGUUCACUGACUCUCACACAUAUCUGCUGCUCAGAUUUAGCAAUUAUUUCGAGGCAGCGUAUGAAAAUUUGUCAAAUAUUUUUCAUUUUUGGUGCAUAUUUUUCUGGAAACCCCUUCUUGGCGGCAGCUUCUUGCUUUUAUUCCAUAUGAGAGUAGGUAGAGUUCACAGAGCGGAAUUACUCAAAAGGGGCCACUUCCAUUCUCGCAAAAGUCUAAAGAAAGCAAAACAAAGCAGUAUUUUUUAAAAAUAGGAAUAUUAAUGCGCGGAAGUUUAUCGAAGGCCAUCGUCAACCAAUUUUGAAAUCAGCGAAACUGAAACACUACUAAAAUGAAAGAGACAAAUACCGUUGAAUAAUAUAUUUUAUCACUCACGUGUUUUAAGCAAGAAAGGAUGAUAAUUAAUAAUUGUAAUUAUGCGAAUAAUUGCUUUAGUGUUUAGCGAGCUAAUAUUUGGUGGAAUUUCACCUCUUCGAAAAAAAAAAGCUAAAAUACCGCGGUAGAAUUUCACUGAAAAUGGGCUUUUGUGUUUAGUUAGCCGACGAUGAUAAUUUUUUGAAUGGUUGGACAUUUUUGCGUGCGAGAUCCGCCGUCUUAGCGAAAUUUUUACCUCUAGCUCGUUGGAAAAAGUAAACGAUUUUUGUCAUUAUUCAUCAUGUGUCUUUAGAAUUCCAAUUUAAGCGGCUGUGUGUUUGAUGCAGUUUGGUGCAUUUUAUUAUGUUUUACUCUUUGCUACUUCUUUGAUUGAGAGGAAACUUAAUUUUAACCUGUUUCAUAUAUUUGUUGUCGAUUUUAACAUAUUAUUUUGUUGACACAUCACAACCGAAUAUUGUAUCAUGUGUACUUUUUAAAACAAAACCAUGUAUUUUGUCGUCCAGCAGUGGCGGUUUUUCGCCUCUGUCUUAAUUAAUUUUCCUUUGAAGAUAUUUGGGUGCCAGGGUUAUUGAGGAAUUUGAAACUUUGUGCCAAAAGCAAGCUGAUUUUUAAACGAAAUUUUGGUACUGAAAAAGAAAUUAAUAAAAAAAAAGCCCACGUCAAAUAGAGCAAAACAAUACGUGUGUAAUAAUUGUGCCUAAAUAUUUUAAAAAGUAUUAGAUCGAGGUUGAGGGAAAAGGUGUGUUACUCGCUUGUACCCGCAUUUCACUCACACACGAAUGCAUUAUACAUGAAAAAAAAAACGAAUUACAGUGGUAAACGAACGAAACCAUUAAGACGAAAAUCAAAAUUGCUCAGUGUCGUGAGGAUCUGAAUUUUGUCAAAAUUCAUUCUCGAUUGUGAAGUGUAAAUUAAAAAUGAAAUACAACACUGAUUUACGAUGUGAAAAACAAACAAAAGUACUGAAUGAUUGUAAAACUGAGUGUUUUCUUGCAUUACGUCUUUUAUGGUCCGACAAAAAUUAGGCUGUAGAUAAAAAAAAAAGUACUGCAUGCGUGGAUCGAGAAAAUGAGUUCGUUGUUAGUAAUUUUUCCGGUUAAACGAAAACUAAGAGAAGAAGCUUGGGUGCGUGUUUAAUUAGAAAAAAUGCGUAGAAGAACGGAAUUAAUGGUUUACUAUAAAUUCUGUGUGACGUGAAAGAUGUCAAUUCUUAUUACGGGGGUCAGUUGAGAGUAACCAGAGCCGUUUCGGCAAUUCAGCAUUCAGAAAAAAAUAACCAAGGUGAAUUUAAAAAAAAAACUUAAGACCAUGCAAUGUUUAAAUAAUAAAAUGAUGAUGAUGAUGUGUAAUCAC